AAGCGCAAAAUGGGUGAUAAUGACCGUAUUAAUAUUGAUCUUAACUGUUACUAUUCGAUUAAUGGUUAUCAACAUUAUACUCGUACAUUUAAUGUUUUUAAUGGAGAUAAAGUUAGAACAAGGUUAAUACCUCAAGUUCGGGCUGGCCUACCAGUUGGAUUAACCAAUGCCAACUUUCGACUUCGUAGAUAUUUUCCUACCGUUGGGGACUACUUCGUAAUUAUGAAUCCGGAUAGUGAUAUCUAUGACCAUUUCUCUGCGAAUCCUAAUCAAGAUAUUGUUCAUAUCAUCGUAGAAUUGUUACCGACCUCCCACUAA